AUGGCAGGCAUUUUCGAGGCUCCGCGUAAUGCGGACACUCUCUUCUUGGGUGGGCAGAAAAUCACCGGUGCCGAUGUCCGUGAGCAGAAUGUUCUUGCGACUCAGGCUAUUUCAAAUGUCAUCAAGAGCUCUUUCGGUCCCUCCGGUUUGGACAAGAUGAUGGUGGACGACAUAGGGGAUGUCACCGUUACGAACGACGGUGCUACCAUUCUGUCUUUGCUGGAUAUUGAGCACCCCGCAGGCAAGAUCCUCGUGGACCUGGCCCAGCAGCAGGAUAAGGAGGUUGGAGAUGGCACAACCUCGGUUGUCCUCAUCGCUUCCGAGCUUCUGCGGAGAGGAAACGAACUCAUGAAGAACCGGAUACACCCUACCACCAUCAUCAACGGAUACCGACUCGCCCUCCGCGAAGCCGUCAAGUACAUGAACGAGAACAUUACAACGAAGGUCGAGAACCUGGGCAAGGACAGUUUGGUCAACAUUGCGAAGACCUCUAUGUCCUCUAAGAUCAUUGGCUCCGACCCGGACUUCUUCGCCAAUAUGUGUGUGGACGCUAUGCUGCAGGUCAAGUCAACAAACCAGAGAGGCGAGGUCAAGUACCCUGUCAAGGCCGUCAACCUGCUCAAGGCCCACGGAAAGAGUGGAACCGAGUCCGUCCUGGUCAACGGCUACGCCCUGAACUGCACCGUUGCUUCUCAGGCCAUGAAGACCCGCGUCACCGAUGCCAAGAUCGCUUGUCUGGAUAUGAACUUGCAGAAGGAGCGCAUGAAGCUGGGUGUCCAGAUCACAGUGGAGGACCCUGAUCAGUUGGAGAAGAUUCGCGAGCGUGAGGCGGGUAUUGUCCUGGAGCGUGUGGACAUGAUCUUGAAGUCUGGUGCCAACGUCGUCUUGACCACCAAGGGUAUCGACGACAUGGUUUUGAAGGCCUUCGUUGAGAAGGGCGCUAUGGCUGUCCGCCGCUGCAAGAAGGAGGACCUUCGCCGCAUUGCUAAGGCUACCGGUGCUACCCUUGUCAGCACCCUGUCUGACCUGAACGGAGACGAGAAAUUCGAUCCUUCAUACCUCGGUCAGGCUGAGGAGGUCGUGCAGGAGCGCAUCUCCGAUGACGAGUGUAUCCUCGUCAAGGGCACCAAGGUCCACAACUCUGCCUCCAUCAUCCUCCGUGGUGCCAACGAGUUCAGCUUGGACGAGAUGGAGCGUUCCGUUCACGACUCUCUGUGUGCUAUCAAGCGCACUCUGGAGAGUGGUACCAUCGUGCCCGGCGGCGGUGCUGUUGAGACUGCCCUGCACAUUUACCUCGAGGAGUUUGCAGUUACCGUCGGAUCGCGGGAGCAACUCGCCAUCGGCGAGUUCGCACAGUCUCUGCUCGUUAUUCCUAAGACCUUGGCUGUGAACGCUGCCAAGGACUCAUCCGAGCUCGUGGCUCAGCUUCGUGUCCGCCACGCCCUGUCACAACGAGUUCAGGAUGGCGAUGCGAAUGAGGAGGAGAAGGCCAUUGCCAAGAAGAAGACCUAUCGCAACUACGGAUUGGACCUGACGAAGGGACGCGUUCACGACACUCUCAAGGCCGGUGUCUUGGAGCCCAGCAUGAGCAAGAUCAAGCAGCUGAAGAGUGCUGUCGAGGCCUGCAUUGCCAUCAUGCGUAUCGACACAAUUAUCAAGCUGGACCCCGAGCAGCCAGCGGAUGAUGGUCAUGGCCACUAG